CGCGUAGGCUUUAAGUUUAGUUUAUCGUUGCGACUUGUGAGUGUUACUUGUGUGAUCGCUGGGCUAAUUGUGAUUGUUAUCCUGAUUCUAAAGGAUCAGCACAGGAAGUCAAUAAAAAUAAACACAUAAAAGCAACUUGCGGUCUACAGAAUUAUGUCAACGACUAUUGAGGAGGAGGGCACGACAAUGGCGGCGGCGGAGACUCUUAAUACGCCGUCGACUGUGGCCAAUGCUUUUGUUCAGACAGUCCAAUCCAUAAUUAGCAGCACAACAUCAAAAGCAACAACAACAAGUACCGCAGCCUUAGCCAGCACCACCACCACUAGCACAGCCGCUCCAGCAACAGGAACAACCACAUUAUCAACGCCAUCAUCGUCCAGCAUGACGGAGAAGCUCAGCGUGAGCGAUUUAAGCAGCGCACUGCAACAUUUUGGAAUUGUUGAUUAUUUGGUUUUCAUAGCCAUGCUGGUGGUCUGUGCCGUAAUUGGCUUCUAUUUCGGCUUCAUCGAAAAGAAGAAGAAAAAGCAAAAGGGCCAAGUGCCCGCCGAUGAAAAAGAUGGUCCCGGGGCUGCUGGCAUCGAGGAGCGGCGCGGCUCGGAAGCAUUGGAUUACUUGGUGGGUGGACGCAAAAUGAAAGUGUUUCCGGUCUCGCUGUCAUUGGUGGCUAGUUUUGUUUCGGGCAUUUCAUUGCUGGGCACCUCAACGGAGAUCUAUGUUUAUGGUACCCAAUAUGCCUUUAUACUCAUUACACUGGCCAUAUCGGGACUUAUAUCGUGGUAUAUCUUUUUGCCUGUUUUCUGCAAUCUACAAUUAACUUCCACUUAUGAGUACUUUGAGAGACGUUUCAGCCGACGCAUGCGUAUAUUCGGGGCCUCACUCUUUGUGCUCAAGGCGAUCAUUUGGCUGCCCAUUGCGGUGUACGUGCCCGCGCUAACCUUCAAUCAAGUUAGUGGAAUUGGAGUGCAUACCAUAACACCAAUUGUGAUUGUCAUUUGCACCUUCUAUACCACUGUCGGAGGCAUUAAAGGCGUCGUUUGGACGGAUGUGGUCCAAAGUGUUAUUAUGUAUGGCUCACUGGUGAUUAUUAUGAUCAAGGGAACCCUGGAUCUCGGUGGGUUUGGUGUAGUCUGGCAGCGUAAUUUGGAGGGCGGACGGCUCAAUUUGCCUGACUGGAGUCUGGACCCAACAGUGCGUAUGAGCGUCUUUUCGGUGUUUGUUGGCGGUACUUUCUUCAAGCUGCAGAACACCUCGAUCAAUCAGGCCACCAUUCAGCGUUUUAUGAGCUUACCCUCCUUAAAGCAAAUCAAGCAAACGCUCUUCACCUUUAGCAUUGGGUUGAUUCUUCUCUAUAUGAGCUGUGUCUAUGUGGGUCUGGUGUGCUACGCCACGUAUUAUGACUGCGAUCCAAUGACCACGGGUCUGGCUGGACGUCGGGAUCAGCUGGUGCCGCUGAUGGUUAUGCGCGUGCUGAGUGUUGUGCCUGGACUGCCGGGUAUGUUCGUCUCCGCCGUAUUUAGCGCUGCUCUAAGCUCGCUCUCAACGCUGCUCAACUCAUUGGCGGCCGUCAUACUGGAGGACUUUGUCAAGCCACGUAUGCGCAAUAAGCCUAUGACGGAGCGCACAGUAGCAUUGAUAAUGCGUCUGGUUGUGAUUGUAUUUGGCAUUAGUUCUAUAUUUAUGGUCUAUGUGGUUGAGCAUCUGGGCAUGGUGCUGCAGCUGUCGGCCACACUACAGUCCAGCUUAUACGGUCCCAUGCUAGGCAUAUUUACCGUGGGCAUGUUAAUGCCCUGGGUGGGCGAGAAGAGCAUGUUUUUAAGCAGCGUUCUAUCAUUUGCUAUAAUGGCUUGGAUUACGGUCAAUGCACAAAUUGCAAAUGUGAGCGGCUCAUUUCGUCAUACCAAGCUGCCAGUUUCUGUGGAGCAUUGUGACUACGAGUUUGAUAUGAAUCGCUAUCUUAACUCAACAGCGGAAUAUGAGCCACACAGCGGCUCAUCUAUAUACCAUAUGUCUUUCCUAUUGUACACCUUGACUGGCGCUUCCUUAAAUAUUGUUCUUUCAAACUUGGCGACGUUUAUCUUUGGGCGUCAGGAUAUGAAUUCUGUGGACACGCAGCUCCUAGCUCCGUUUGUUCAACGGCUUAUACUCAAAAAUAGUUAUUAUGAGACCGUAGAGCUGAAGAAAAGAUCAGUAAUCGGUGAGCGCUUGGAUUAGAGCUCAGAUAGUUUCAAUUUGUUGACCUAAGUUAGUUUCACAUUCUUAAUUCUUUAUUGCCGUAUUCAGAAGUUAAUUAUAUUUAAAGUUUGUACCUUUUCUCUUCCAAGACGUUUUGCCUCAGCUUCUGAGAUUUUGAAAUUUGUGAGCCAGGAACCUACUUUUAUAACUCACUUUUGUGAAUAGUUAAUAAUAAUCAAUGCAUUAAUGUAAUAAUGCCACCCUUUGUUGUUCAUGUUAUUCCACAUACUAUAUAUUUUAUUUUUUAGCAAAUUUUCAUUGAAAUUCUUGAGAAUUUUGAAUAAUUCAGUUUAAUAAUGUAAAAUCUUGUACGACAAUAAAUUUGUGUAAUAUGUAUAA